UGAAGAAGUAGAAGAAGAAGGAGAAACAAGCAUCAACAACAAAAUCAAAACCAGAAGAUCAACAAUAACACAGUUCAACAAGACAGAGAAGAAGCUCAAGCGACCAAAGCAUUGAACUUCAACUUCAAUCAAAGGCGUCAAAAAACCCAGAAGCAGCAAACAGAGCAAUGACCAAGUUACUGUACUCUGUAGCAAUCCUCCUGAUCUGGGCCACAGUUCUUCUCAUGGCUUCAACAUCCACCAUUGAAGCAAGUGAAGACUUCCCAUGGAUACCCACCACCGCUUCUGGCUUACUCUCCGGAGACGACGAGUUCGAGCUUGACUCGGAGAUCAACCGACGCAUCUUAGCCACCAGCAACUACAUCAGCUACGGUGCGCUGCAGAGGAACACUGUCCCCUGCUCCAGGCGCGGCGCUUCCUACUACAAUUGCAGGCCUGGGGCUCAGGCCAACCCCUAUAGCCGCGGCUGCAGCGCCAUCACAAGGUGCAGGAGUUAAGCUUCCUUUGUUUUUUAGGGUGAUUUGGAAAUGUGGUAUGAUUGUUAUAGGGAAAGAGGGUUUGGAGGGGGAGGAUGGUGUCAUUGUUGUUAUUAUUGAUGGAAUAUAUUGAUGUUUAUGAUCAAAUCAUAUUUGAACAUGAUCUCUGUAAAAGAUUCAUUUCAUUGCUUAA